UAUUCCUUAUUUACCCAAACACGUUCGCAAAUUCUUCACAGGCCCGUAACCGUAAUAGAAAAGAGAAGCAACAAGGCAACACCUUCGUUUGCUACCAUUUUACGACACUCUAAUGCAAUAAAAUCAGCAACACAGUAAACGAGGACCUCGGAGGAGGGGGGAAUUCAUAUCCGGCAAACGACGGCAUGGCAGAGGGUUCUACUAGCGCAGCAACAGGCUCUCCAUGGGAGUCCAUGAUCACGAGGAUCGUCGGAUUGCUCGUGGAGCUCGAGUCUUUGAGGCAACAGAUCACGGCCCUCAACUCGAGCAUCGAGGAGCUGGUCGAGCGUUUCGACUUCAUGGGCAGGAUGAGCACUUCCUCCAUUGAAGAGCUGACCAGCUUGAGAGAGAGAGGGGCCAUGGAGGAGGAAGCGGCAAUUGAUACUUACAAUGAACGUGGGAGGAAGCUGCUGUCAGAAGUCGAAGUGUCCAAACGGUUGGAGGAGAUGGAGACGGUGCGGGUGGGCUCGGGUUGCCGAAGGGAGGAGGAAGAGGCGGAGGUGUGUGCGGUGUGCAUGGAGGGGUUGGAGACGGGGUGCGAGGUCAAGCUAUUGGCUUGCUCCCACAAGUACCACAGGGACUGUAUUGGGAGUUGGAUGGCCUAUAAGAACCUUUGUCCUCUCUGUCGCUGUUUUUUUUUCCUCUCUUUGGGCACAAGGCAUGAAGGCUUUGAUUGA